AUGAUCGGAUUUACAUUUACAAAACAAAUGCCAUCAUAUUAUAUAAAAAGGAUUAAGCGAUGUUUCUUAAAGCGAAAUAAAAUUCGAAGCAUUUUACAUCUGACAACAUUCUUACUUACAACACUAUGGUUUUAUUUUCAAUUAAAUAAUGACCCGUUGGCUAUAGAAAAGCCAUUCAUUUUCAUCGAGCCCAUCACAUCUUACUAUCGAUUUCAACACAAUUCUGGAACAAAAGAUUGGCAUGAUUAUUCUACGAUAGAGAUGGAAUCACAACGGAUGGGACCAGGUGAACAGGGACAACCAGUCUACGUUACGAAAGACGAAGAAGAGUUGAGUCGUAAAAUAUUCGAGGAAAAUAAGCACAAUGGAUUGGUCAGUGACAAAAUAGCUCGAGAUCGUUCAAUACCAGACACAAGACCUAACGAGUGUCGCACACGACAAUAUUUGAGUCAACUUCCUUCUGUCAGUGUCGUCAUUCCUUUCCACAAUGAAAUUCUUAGCACUCUCACAAGAACAAUUCACAGCAUCUUUACACGAUCACCUCCUGAACUCUUGAAAGAAGUCAUUUUAGUGAAUGAUCACAGUGACAAAGAUUAUUGCUACGGACCUUUAGAGGAAUACAUCAAAGAUCAUUUCGAUUCUUCAAAGAUUCGAAUUCUUGUAAUGCCCGUAAGAUCGGGAUUAAUGUGGGCAAGAUUGGCUGGGGCUAGAUCAGCUACUGGGGAUGUUCUUGUCUUCAUGGGUUGUCAUACAGAAGCGAAUGUCAAUUGGCUUCCACCAUUAAUUGAACCGAUCGCAAAAAAUUAUCGGAGAUGCGUUUGCCCUUUUGUUGAUGGCAUCAGUGCAAAAACAUAUGAAUACGUAAAGAAAACUAAAGGCCAUCGCGGAGUUUUCAAUUGGCAAUUUUACUAUCAAUAUUUACCAUUACGACCGGGCGAUCAGGAAUCGGAAUCUGAACCAUUUAAAUCACCGGUCAUGAUUGGUUGUGUAUUUGCAAUAUCAGCGAAGUUCUUCUGGGAGUUGGGUGGUUAUGACACUGGUCUUGAUAUUUGGGGUGGUGAACAGUAUGAGUUGAGUUUCAAAGUGUGGCUUUGCGGUGGUGAACAGUAUGAUGCACCGUGUUCUCGUGUGGGUCAUUUAUAUAGACCACGGCCAUUUACUAAAAUAGAAAACAAAACUAAUUAUUGCGACAAAAAUCACAAAAGAGUUGCUGAAGUUUGGAUGGAUGACUACAAGGAGUAUGUGUAUGCAAGAAAUCCUACUCGAUGGAACAGUUUAGAAGCUGGAGAUGUUUCAUAUAUGUUGGAAGUGAAAAGGAAAUUGAACUGCAAAUCUUUCAGUUAUUUUCUUGAAGAAGUGGCUCCCGAUAUGCUUGAUCGUUAUCCACCAAUUGAACCUCCACCUUUCGCAUUUGGUGGUAUAAAAAGCAUGGCAGAACCAAAGCUUUGCAUUGACACGUUGGGGGCCGACAAUGAAGAAAGUGUUGGGCUGUAUUAUUGUAAAGGUUCAUUGGAGAAUCCCGGAUAUCGACAAACCUUUCGUCUUAGAAAGCAUCGAGACAUCUCUAUUGAAUCAACAUCUAAUAGUUGCCUUGAUGUAGCAAAAAAUAAAAUUGCAAUAUUUGACUGUAAGUUUAAACAAGAAAAUCAAUAUUUUCGCUAUGAUCUUGACACAAAGCAAAUCAUCUGUGGACCAAAGCGAGACAAUCAAUGCAUGGAUACGGACCCCAAAUUACGAACAGUGUUUGUGUCUCAAUGUUAUGAUGGCAAGCUGACUCAAAAGUGGGAGUGGGGAUUUGUAAAUGAAACCAUGCUUCGAGAUUGGCCUAAUUAUGGAAAACCUAUUUUAGAUCCAUUAGAACUGAGUGAAUUUCAAUGAACUUUUAUUCUCAAAUAUAAAAUUUAAUUUGUAUGAAAUUUCCAGAAAUGUUUUAAUCAAUGAAAAGAAAAUAUCUGAGUACACAUUUCAUGUUUAUAAGUUGGCAUUAGCGU